GCAAAAUGGAAUUUAAUCUUCUUGAAUAUGGGGUAAGAGAGCGUCCUGGGGGCUUCUGUGGCAUUCCAGAGCUUAGGCCUGCAAAGAAGUCUUAGUGUGGAGGCCGGUAGCACAGUCUCAAAUCCCAGGUCUUAAAGCUGGAAGAGGGGAGGUGGCCCAGUCCCUGACAAACCAGGCAGGUAAGGCAUCAUUAGCGCCAUUUCAAAGGGAAGGUGACUGAGGCUUGGGAGCUUAAAUGAAACAGCAAGGGUCAUACAGCUGGUUUCAGAGCUCAAUUCAAUCCCCUCAGGGAGAAGGAAGAAUGGAGUGACUCAUUUCCUCACCAAACAGGAACUUGUACGUUGUUUUGACAGAACUUUAUGUCUAUCCAGGCUCUUUGUUAUUCUGACAGAGAAUGGCACAGCCUAUUCUUCUCUAGAGCCAAUUUUCAAAAUUAGCAAGGAAGCUGUCACUGUCGCAUCUCUUUCAUGUGUCAGUGUAGUCAAGACGGUGAUCGGUGAAAUGUUUUAAAUCGUACUCUAAAUAUACAUACAGUGCUGGAGGAAGGUGGGGUUGGUUCAUGUUUCAGCCGCUCCUGUGUUAUAAUAUCUGAACGCUUGCUUUAAGCUCAGAUCUCCAGGCUGCUCCAAAGAUGGGAAUUUCUUACAGUGUCGCUCUAGCAAACUGGAGGGCAGCUUUUCAUUGUCUAAUUAUUCACACGUGGGGUCUGAAUGUGCCAUGCUCAUGCCCUCUUCCAACACACUUUAACUCCCAGCCUGUCUGCUCCCAGCCGGUGAUGUAAAUGUACCAGCUGCUUCCUAAGAACCAGUCCGCAUCCUGCAGGAGGGGCUGGUUCCUUUCCUGGGCAUCAGCCUGCCUGCUCUCAGCCUAAGCUCUCUCGCCAACCAUGGUGGCUCCUUGCAUUCCUACAUCCUCUUAUCUGAGAAUCAGAGAGCAUAAUCUUCUUACGGGCCCGUGAUUUAUUAACGUGGCUUAAUCUAAAGGUUCUCAGUCAAAUUCUUUAUGAUCUACUGAUUGUGGGGGCAUGGCAAGGUUUGCUUGAAGGAGCUUGGCUGGUUUGGGCCCUUGUAGCUGACAGAAGGUGGCCAGGGAGAAGGCAGCACACUGCUCGGAGAAUGAAGGCGCUUCUGCUGCUGGUCUUGCCUUGGCUCAGUCCUGCUAACUACAUUGACAAUGUGGGCAACCUGCACUUCCUGUAUUCGGAACUCUGUAAAGGUGCCUCCCACUACGGCCUGACCAAAGACAGGAAGAGGCGCUCACAAGAUGGCUGUCCAGAUGGCUGUGCAAGCCUCACAGCCAUGGCUCCCUCCCCAGAGGUUUCUGCAGCUGCCACCAUCUCCUUAAUGACAGACGAGCCUGGCCUAGACAACCCUGCCUACGUGUCCUCGGCGGAGGACGGGCAGCCAGCAGUCAGCCCAGUGGACUCUGGACGGAGCAACCGAACUAGGGCACGGCCCUUUGAGAGAUCCACUAUUAGAAGCAGAUCUUUUAAAAAAAUAAAUCGAGCUUUGAGUGUUCUUCGAAGGACAAAGAGCGGGAGUGCGGUUGCCAACCACGCUGACCAGGGCAGGGAAAAUUCUGAAAACACCACUGCCCCUGAAGUCUUUCCGAGGUUGUACCACCUGAUUCCAGAUGGCGAAAUUACCAGCAUCAAGAUCAAUCGAGUAGAUCCCAGUGAAAGCCUCUCCAUUAGGCUGGUGGGAGGUAGCGAAACCCCACUGGUCCAUAUCAUUAUCCAACACAUUUAUCGUGAUGGGGUGAUUGCCAGAGACGGCCGGCUACUUCCAGGAGACAUCAUUCUAAAGGUCAACGGGAUGGACAUCAGCAACGUCCCUCACAACUAUGCCGUGCGUCUCCUGCGGCAGCCCUGCCAGGUGCUGUGGCUGACUGUGCUGCGUGAACAGAAGUUCCGCAGCAGGAACAAUGGACAGGCCCUGGAUGCCUACGGAUCCCGGGAUGACAGCUUCCAUGUGAUUCUCAACAAAAGUAGCCCCGAGGAGCAGCUUGGAAUAAAACUGGUGCGCAAGGUGGAUGAGCCUGGGGUUUUCAUCUUCAAUGUCCUGGAUGGCGGUGUGGCAGAUCGACAUGGUCAGCUCGAGGAGAACGACCGCGUGUUAGCCAUCAACGGACAUGACCUUCGAUAUGGCAGCCCAGAAAGUGCGGCUCAUCUGAUUCAGGCCAGUGAAAGACGUGUUCACCUCAUCGUGUCCCGCCAGGUUCGGCGGAGCCCUGACAUCUUUCAGGAAGCCAGCUGGAACAGCAAUGGCAGCUGGUCCCCAGGGCCAGGGGAGAGGAGCAACACUCCCAAGCCCCUCCAUCCUAAAAUUACUUGUCAUGAGAAGGUGGUAAAUAUCCAAAAAGACCCCAGCGAAUCUCUCGGCAUGACCGUCGCAGGGGGAGCGUCGCAUAGAGAAUGGGAUUUGCCUAUCUAUGUCAUCAGUGUUGAGCCCGGAGGAGUCAUAAGCAGAGAUGGAAGAAUAAAAACAGGUGACAUUUUGUUGAAUGUGGAUGGGGUCGAACUGACGGAGGUUAGCCGGAGUGAGGCAGUGGCAUUAUUGAAAAGAACAUCGUCCUCGAUAGUACUCAAAGCUUUGGAAGUUAAAGAGUGUGAGCCCCAGGAAGACUGCAGCAGCCCAGCAGCACUGGACUCCAACCACAACAUGGCCCCACCCAGUGACUGGUCCCCAUCCUGGGUCAUGUGGCUGGAAUUACCACGGUGCUUGUAUAACUGUAAAGACAUUAUAUUACGAAGAAACACAGCUGGAAGUCUGGGCUUCUGCAUUGUAGGAGGUUAUGAAGAAUACAAUGGAAACAAACCUUUUUUCAUCAAAUCCAUUGUUGAAGGAACACCAGCAUACAAUGAUGGAAGAAUUAGAUGUGGUGAUAUUCUUCUUGCUGUCAAUGGUAGAAGUACAUCAGGAAUGAUACAUGCUUGCUUGGCAAGACUGCUGAAAGAACUUAAAGGAAGAAUUACUCUAACUAUUGUUUCUUGGCCUGGCACUUUUUUAUAGAAUCAAUGAUGGGUCAGAGAAAAACAUAAAAAUCACAAAUAGGCUAAGUUGAAACACUGUAUUUAUCUUGUCAGUUUUUAUAUGUAAAUACACUGUUAAAAUGUCAGGAAAAGUAUGAUCUAAUGAAAGUCAGUUGCACCUCAGAAAAUACGAUUCCAACAAUAUUAAAACUAAGUUUUUUUUCAGUGUGGAGGAUUUCUCAUUACUCUACAACUUUGUUUAUAUUUUUUCUAUUCAGUAAAAAGCCCUAAACAGCUAAAAUGAUUUGUAUACCCCACUGAAUUCAACUUGAUUUAAAUUUAAAAUUUGGUAUAUGCUGAAAUCUGCCAAGGGUACAUUAUGACCAUUUUUAAUUUACAGCUAAAAGAUUUUUUUAAAUGCAUUGCUGAGAAACAAUGCUUUCAUCAAACAAGAAAUAAAUAUUUUUCAGAAAUUAUAGUUGUCUUUUAGUAUGUGAUACUAAUUAAGAUUACUUGUAUUAUCACCAUUUAAAAGAUCCUAGUAAUUUAUCCUUUCAAAUACCAUGUUAUUUGUUACCAUCACUGACAAAUGUCUUCUAGGGCUAUCCCUAAAAAUGCUCAGAGAAUUAUAAACUUGUUUUGUUUUA